AGGUGGCCUACUUUCUCGGGUCACGCCCACUAUGUACUUUUACUUGCAUAACCCUAGAAGUCAUCAAACCGGUUACUGCUUUUCAUGUUUUAGCUCGUUAUAUCUGUUAUUCUAGAGAUUGAAAUCAUGGCAACUAAACGAGUAGCAGUGGUAACAGGUGGAAAUAAAGGUGUAGGUUUUGGUAUCGUAAGAGCUUUAUGUAAACAGUUCCAAGGUGAUGUUAUUCUAACAGCGAGGAAUGUAGAUUUGGGUAAAAAGGCUGUGAGCGAUUUAAAUGCAGAAAAUUUAAAACCUGAGUUUCACCAGUUAGAUAUUUGUGAUAUGUCCAGUAUUGAAACAUUAAAACAAUAUCUUCAAUCUAAUUAUGGUGGUCUCGAUCUGUUGGUUAAUAAUGCUGGUAUUGCCUAUAAGGCAGCAUCAACAGCCCCAUUUUCCGAACAAGCUGAAGUGACGGUUAGAACCAAUUUUACAGCUACAUUAGAUAUUUCUAAUGUUUUGUUUCCACUGCUCAGGCCUCAUUCCCGAGUUGUUCAUGUAUCCAGUAUGGUUUCACAGUGGACUGGUAAAAAAUGUUCUGAAGCUUUGAAAGCUCGUUUUCUGGAUCCUGCAUUAACCAUUGAUGAACUGAAACAAAUAAUGCAAAAUUUCGUUGAUGCUGCUAAAGCUGGAAAGGUUAGUGAAUCUGGUUUUCCCGAAUCUGCGUAUGGUAUGUCUAAAGUUGGUGUGACUGUGAUGGCAUUUAUUCAACAGAGAGAAUUAAAUUCCAAAGAUGAUAUUGUUGUCAAUGCUUGUUGCCCUGGUUUCAUAAAUACCGAUAUGUCCAGUCAUAAGGGAAGUAAAACUAUUGAUGAAGGUGCGGAAACGCCAGUACUUUGCGCUCUGUUACCAGAAGGAACUGACAUUAGAGGAAAAUUUCUUUCUGAGAAAGCUGUACAACCAUGGCCUUAAGUUUAGAGCAAUUUUACAUUCUUUAUAGAGAUUUAUGGGAAAGGCCACCUUACCUCGUUUGGCAUUCACUGUUCAUUUUGUUUUCCAGAAAUAUCCAAUAACUGUCAUAUAAUCAACCUAAAUAAUUAGUGCUAUUCGUAUUUGAAUAGUUUAUCAAGUCUAUUCAAACUGGUAUUUUAUUCAUUAAAUGUCAAAUAUUUGAAUUUGAAUAGUUUUUCAAGUCUGUUUUGAACCCAUGUUUUACUAUUCAAAAUUUGAAUAGUUUUUCAAGUCCACAUUUUACUAUUCAUUAUUCAAUGUAAAAUGAAAAUUAAUGAAAUUUUUCUCCUAUGAAAUAUUUAUUGAUAUCAAUAAAAUGAAAUCCAGUAUUAUUUAAAAAUAAAUAGAACAUAUAUUGAUAUAAAAAAAUAUAUUGUAUCUAGAAAGUUGAAAAUCCAUCAAAAAAUGGUCUGAUAAUUUGUCAUUCCAAUUAAAUUGAGUAUUCAAAUGAUGAUUUGGUAUAUUUGAUUUGUAAACCAGCUAUGUACAUGUAUGUGGUCAUGAAAAAUUAUACUGUAUUGAACUCCAUUACUAUGACCUUUGGUGGCUCUCUCAUGGAAUCAAUGGCUGCCCUGAUUGGACAUGGAAUCAAUGGUUGGUCAUGGAAUCAAUGGUUUCACUGACAUGCCAGGAAUAUAUGGCUGCCAUGACUUUGAUGUAGUAUUAGAAUUCUAAUAUAUUAGUGGUCUUUCUCUUGUUACCUCAGAAAUGUUUUUAUUAUUUUUUUUUAUAUAUAAAUUUGAUAUUUGGCUUCUGUCUUAUGAUAUGAACAAUAUACCCAAAUUGAAAUAAAAUGUAAAAAAUUAUGAAAUUCCAUUGGAACCUUGGAUAGCUGUAUUUUGCAUAAAUGGAGAGAGAACUUCAAUUACAUUUUUCACAAUUUGUAAUUACAGUUUCACAAUUUGUAAUUACAGUUUCACAAUUUGUAAUUACAGUUUCACAAUUUGUAAUUACAAUUUUCAUAAUUUUUAAGUACAGUUACAUUAUUUGUAAUUACUGUUUUCAUAAUUUGUUUUAAUUAAAAAUUUAGCAGCACAAA